CGUUCAUCACUGCCAUCAGCGCCUUCUUCACGUGAUGACGGCACGGCGCUAAGCGCCGUGCGACAGUCUGUGUACCCACAGCGAACGACCACAAACCUCGCCGCCGACCUCAAGACUCACGAAAACCCGCCAUGGUCAACACGAUUCCCAUUGUCAAGAAGCGCACGAAGGUCUUCAAGCGCCACCAGUCGGAUCGCUACAAGAGCGUUAAGGAGGCAUGGCGGAAACCGAAGGGUAUUGACAACCGGGUGCGCCGGCGGUUCAAGGGGCAGACCCCCAUGCCCAAGAUCGGUUACGGGAGCAACAAGAAGACGAGGCAUCUGCUCCCCAACGGCCUGAAGAAGUUCUUGGUCAGCAACGUCCGGGAAGUUGAUCUUCUCCUGAUGCACAACAAAAGCUUUGCGGCGGAGGUCGCCCACAAUGUCAGCAGCCGCAAUCGCACAGCCAUCCUCGAGCGUGCCAAGGUUCUGGGUGUGAAGGUAACGAACCCGGAUGCGCGUCUCCGGUCAGAGGAGUAAAUGGUUGUUCUCGCAUUCAUCUCGCUACUACUCUGCAUAUUUCGCCAUGUAUUCUCCCCUCUAUGCUCGCAAUAAGCACCAUGCGACCAUGCUUAGGCCAGGAAAGUGUUGUGUGUGUGUUUGGCCGGAGGGUUGAGGAUGAGUCGCAACUGGGUUUCUCCUCGUCCUCGUCUUGUGGCUACAGUGUCAGUAUGGAGGCUGGAGUCGAUCAAGGAAUUUACACGACGAGAACAGAACGCCAGAACAUGGCUGGUGCUGCUGAGAUC